GGUGCCCGGCGCAGGCUUCGGAGCGCGCCUUGCCGUCUGACCCGCACGUGCUGUGUUCUGCAGGGAGUGCUAUGCAGUCCAAGGGAAGCCCGCUCUCCUCCGUCCAGCCAGGGAACGUCCCAGCAAACCCCUGCGCCCUCCCCCAGCGGGCGCCUUCGCUCUCCUCCCCGAGACACAGCCAGGUUCUCCAGGGCGCAUGAUGCCAGGGGGGACGUCGCCCGCGAGAAAAAGGCCCCGUCGAAGCCUGUCGAGCAGCAGAGCGAAAAAAAAUGCAUCCAAGUCCAUCGUGCUGUGUUUCAACAACGCGCCACCCGCCAAACUUGCCUGCCCGGUGUGUAGUCAGAUGGUGCCCCGCUAUGACCUGAACCGGCACCUCGAUGACAUGUGUGCUAGCCGCGAUGACGUCACUCCGGUGGCCCCGGGGCUGGGCGGCGUCCCGGGUUCAGACGUGGCCCCUGGAGAAGGGGUAACACCGGAGAAGUCGCCACCAUCCAAGACAAACUUAACCCCCGAGCAAAGCCACUCGGCAACAAGGGGCGCACAAAAGCGGACCAGCCCCUACUUUCAAGGUACCGAUGGCGGCGUGUGCCACAGUCAAGACGCCGAGCUGAGAUCUCGCCACGUCCAAGUCGUUCCUUUGGGAAGCCUGUCGUCCAAGUUAUCCAGGAGGUACCUGCAGGCGAGAAGAGCCACGGAGAAGAACGAGGCCUCGGCCGCAGCGGUCAGGGUGGUGGCCAGCUGUGCUGUGGCUGAGGACGAGGAUCGGGGCUUGGAGAGCAGCUCCCAAAAGGAAAACCUGUUUUCCUGUGAUUCUCUUACGGAGCAAGAUCCUGUCGAAGGCCCCUCAUUAAUGGCAGCUGCAAAGCCAGAGCCUCCCCAGGACCGUGGGAGGUCCACCCUCGCUCCUGCCUCCCCAGAUAAUGCUGUGUUAUCGCCCCAACGAACUCCUGGGAAUAAUCCACCGUCCGCUUCCGAGGACAGCCGUGCAGAGCAGGAGAGCGUCGGACAAGCGGAUGGUGAAGGUGUCGGGACACGUGAGGCCGGUGUUGGUGAAGAAACCGAAGUCCCUGAGGCUUCGGAAUCUGAAACACAGCUUUCUGGGGAGGCGUCAUCUCAGAGCUCUACCCAUGACGCUUCCGAGUGGAGGGACUUCCACAAACUCCCUCUGGAAGGUGACAGCGGCUUAAAGGAUGAAACCGCUCACGGGGUUCCUUCGGGGCUGGGGCCGAGCUGCGGUGUUCCUGGUGAAACGGUCCCAGCGCCGCCGCCCGGCCACCCUUACUACCUCCGCAGCUUCCUGGUGGUGCUGGGAGCCGUCUUCGAGAAUGAGGAUGACAGGAUGCUCUUCGACGAGCAAGAGAGGGGA